AUGCAGCUUAACGCCGCAGCUAGGGCGACGACAAAGUUUUUCACAAGGCUUCCCCCGCCAAAUUUCAGCCAAGCGACUCAUCGCUCUCGUUCCCUUGCUCAGCUGCGCUCCAAAAAUAAUGGACUCGAGAAGUAUAUAUUUCUCAACGGACUCAAGGAGCGGGACCCUGCAUUGUUCUACAGCAUCCUCUAUGACAACAUGAGGGAGAUAGUCCCUAUCCUGUACACACCGACAGUCGGUGAUGCUUGCCAAAAUUACUCACACAUCUGGCGCCGGCCUGAGGGUCUGUAUGUGUCUAUUGGGGAUAAGGGCCGCAUCCGCGACGUCUUGUCCACAUGGCCCAAUCUCCGCGAAGCCAGAAUCGCCGUGGUCACAGACGGCUCUCGUAUCCUAGGGCUGGGUGACCUUGGUGCGAACGGCUUGCCUAUCAGCAUAGGUAAACUUGAUCUCUAUAUCGCUGGCGCGGGCGUUCGUCCGACGUCUACAGUCCCGAUAUGUCUCGACGUCGGUACGUCUACUGAGAAGUACCUCAACGACCCACUUUAUAUCGGAGUCCGUCGCCCACGUCCCAAUGCGAUCGAGAUGGACGAGUUCAUGCAGGAAUUCAUGGAAGCUAUGAAAGAAGUCUUCCCGCACCUUCUCGUUCAAUUCGAAGAUUUUUCCACCGACAACGCCUUCAAGUAUCUCGACAUGUUUCGUAGAAAGUACCGGUGCUUCAAUGACGAUAUUCAAGGGACCGGUGCGGUCGUCCUCUCCGGCUUUUUCAACGCAGCUCGCCUGGCAUCCGCUGCAUCCGGUCUCCCGCUCUCCAAUCACAGGAUUCUCUUCUUCGGUGCCGGCUCGGCUGGUAUCGGUGUCGCGAAGCAGUUAUUGUCGUUCUUCAAGUUCCAAGGCAUGUCAGAGACAGAAGCGAAGAAGCAGAUCUGGACUGUCGACUCGAAGGGUCUUAUCACGGCUGACAGGCAAGGACUUCAAGAACAUAAGAAAUUCUUCGCCCGGACCGACUAUGAAGGCCCUCCUCUUACUAACUUGGUCGAUAUCAUCAAAUACGUCAAGCCCACAGCCCUUUUGGGUCUCAGUACCAUCCGCAAUGCUUUCAACAAAGAAGUUGUCUCGACCCUAGCUACACUCAACGAACGCCCGAUCAUCUUCCCUCUCUCGAAUCCCGUAGCCCUAUGUGAAUUAGAUUACCAAGAGGCAGUCGAGUGGACAAAUGGCAAAGUCAUCUUCGCUUCUGGCUCCCCCUACCACUCAGUCAUGCACGCCUCCAAAACUCACGAGCCGGGCCAAGGGAACAACAUGUACAUCUUCCCUGGCAUCGGCCUCGGCACCAUUCUUUCCAGAUCUUCGCAGGUCACAGACUCGAUGAUCGAACAAGCGUCGCUCGCGCUCGCUGGGUCGUUGGACGAGGACGAGACCGAGGCAGAGUUGGUAUAUCCUCGGCUGGAUAGAAUCCGAGACGUCAGUGCCCAGAUCGCGCUGUCUGUCAUCAGGGCUUCACAGAAUGCGAAUAUGGACAACUCUCCGACGCUGCGCCAUGUCACGGAUAACACACUCCUGUCGUAUAUCAAGGAGCAGAUGUGGGACCCGAAGAUGUUUGAGAAGAGCAGGAUGUAA